AAAGAGAGGGGGGGCUCAGGGGGCACAGAUCAGAUGCUGACGCUCGACGUUAAGGAUGGGGAAGCAUAAGCUGAUUCGUACGUUGCAUGUGGGUGGGCGUCAGAUUCUCGAAGGCAAGGAUCUUCUUCUUGCCCCACCUCUGGUGCAAUUCAAUGUUCAUCCAGUCAAUCCGUGGAUCGUCUUCAUUACAGGAGGAAAUCAUGUGCAAUUGUGGGACUAUGAAGACGGGCGACGUCUCACAAGCUGGGUGCCAAAAGCAGUCGGCAGCUCGCUUUACUGGCCUACCUUCGUCGGUCAGAAAGAUUGGAUAUUGGUAGAGGAUAGUGGUAGAAUCCGCGUGCUCGAAUUUGUAAAUAUAAGGUUCUUUCCGGACAUAAAAUGUAUCGCGACACUCAAGUCGGGUAGAAGUGAACUUCGAUGUAUGGCGGUCCAUCCCACCUUGCCGUAUCUUUUAACAGGCUUCCAGCACAAGCAUGUCGAGCUCUGGAAUUUCGACAAGGAAUGGGAAAAAACGCAGUAUAGAGGUCAUUACAAAAGAGUACAUACCGUGGCCUUCAACCACAACACUGAUAUCUUUGGCAGUGCUGCAAAUGAUGGCACCGUUAAGAUCUGGAGGAUUGGCACGAUGGCGGUGGUGCAGACAAUAAGCGGUUGCAGGGGACUCUGCAGCAUGGAGUUUUGCAGCGAUGACAAGCAGUCGCUGCUGGUCACAGGUUUCGACGACGGUAGCGUAAGAGUGUGGAAUUACCUCAUGGCGGUAUGUGUGGGUGAGUUGGAACGGCAUAAUGGUACCGUUAGGGCGGCAUUUUUCCAGCCAAACAUGCCGUACAUCUUUAGCGUGUCGGAGGACGGAGAAGUCAAAGUGUCGUCUGCGUCCGACUAUGCGGUAUUGACUUCGUACAGGAGCGGAUUGCAAGAGGUCUGUAGUAUGGCUCCUGGCAGACAAUCUGGUACAGUUGUCGUUGGCGGUGAAAGCGAAUUCGUUGUGCUGAAAUUGGUUCUACCGGCAUACUUCUUAUAUGAGGAAGAAGACUCUGAGAAGGAGAGAGGUUCCUUCUGCGAUGGAAGCAGUUGGCCACACGAUCCCAUGCAGGUUGUCACAGAGGAAGUAAGGCCAGAGGAAGAAGCUGAAGAUUUAACCCCGGAGCACAGGCUAGAUUAUCUACGCAGCAGAAACGACGAGGAAGAGAGACAAAAGGAUUCCUUUUAUGGUGAAAACGAUGACGCGGAGGGUUUAUUACAGCAGCCUUGCUAUUCGACGAUGCACGAUCAUUUCGAAGACGAAGGAAGGAGUCCACAGGAAGAUGCAUGUCGGGAGGAUGUGCGUGUAGGGUUUGCACAUAGGGAAGAAUCGGUCGAAGAGGGAGGGAGGCAACGGGACGAUGCAGUUCAGGAGGAGGUGGCGGUAGAUUUUCACGAAAGGGAAGAUGCAGCUGAAGAGGGAGCGAGGCAACAUGAAGGUUUAUUGCGGGAGGAGGUGGCAGUAGAUUUUGUGCUCAGGAAAAAAGUGAAGGAAGAGAGACAAACAGAUUCUUUCGUUGAGAAUGACCGCACAUUUCGGCAGGAGGCGGUGGUACAUCUUCCACACAGGACAAGUCUUAGAGUGAAGGAAGAGAUACAAACAGACUCUUCUGAUAGAAAUGACUGCACACGACACACGGGCGAUCUGCGCCAGGCUGUGAAGGCGGCGGUGCGGAAGGAAGAUGUAUUAGGGGCCGAAAUCCAGUGUUUGCGUGCGGAACAUAGUGCGUUGAUGGAAUACGUGGCAGCGGCGAUGGCGAGGGACCACCAACAGAUAGUGGAAGCCAACGUACAGAUGCAAGGCAUGGCAGCAGGGAUGGCAAUGAUCCAGCAACAGAUGGCGAGGGCUCAGCAGCAGAUGGCGAGGGCUCAGCAGCAGAUGGAAGACAGGACGGCAGCCGUGGAGAGGGCCAAGCACCACCUGAAGAGGAGGAUUGAAGAGAUACAUGAAAGGCAUUUCAGAGGUGUCGUAGACAAGGAGGAGGAGGAGAAGGAGGAGGAGGUGAGGGAAGUAGAAAGUAAAGAGAGGAGGACGAGCAGGAAGAGGAUCGAGAGAGGAGGAAGGAGAAGAGGGGGAAAGGAGGACAAUGGCGAGGAGAGGGGGCAGAGGAGGCAAAGGAGGCGGAGGAGGCAGAGGAAGCAGACAAGGAGGCGGCGGCGGAGGAACCGGAGGAGGCACAGGAGGCAGAGGAGGAGGGGAAGGAAAGAGAAGAUAGGAAAGGAGGAGGAGCAGGAGGAGGAGAAGAAGAGGAGCACAACGACAAGGAGAGGCAUCAAGGAAGAGGAGGAAGAGGAAGUCCGAGGAGGAAGAGGAAGUCCGAGGAGGAGGAGGAGGAGGAGGAGGAGGAGGAGGAGGGGAAGCACAAUGACAAGGAGAGGCAUCCGGGCAAAGGACGAAGAGAAAGCCAGAGGAGGAGGAGGAGGAGGAGGAGGAGACAGGGAAGGAGGAGGAGGAGGAGACAGGGAAGGAGGAGGAGGAGAAGACAGGGAAGGAGGAGGAGGAAUGUAAAUAGGUUCUGUCAAUAUCAAGGUUGCAUGGAGUCUGUAUUUUUUUUCUUGUACAGUUCUUGGUCCCAGGUGUGUGCAAGGCAGGUUCUCUUUUUUUGGGUGUAGGUUCGGUUUCAUUUCUCUUUUUCUUUUUCACAACAUGAUAUGCAUUUGGGGUUCCACAGGUAGGUAAUACUGCUUUACUUAUUUAUUUAUUUUUUUGGGCAACUUAAUGUUGUAAGCAAUCGGUUUUGUAGAGUUUACAAGUUUCUUGCCGAUGUGACAGAAAGGAGAGAAACGAAAAGCGAGUUGUAGCACCUAGACG